GCUACGACCAGAAUCAGAGCUAUGGCUACGACCAAGGCUACGACCACGACUAUCGUGACGACGCUCCUCCGCCGCCACAGCAUCAACAGAAUCAAAACCGCAUGCAGAGUGACAGCGGCUACUUUGCCGGGGGCGGAGCACGCAAUGACGGCGACAUGGCCUCUGGAGGAAUGGCCGGCAUCGCCUACGGUGUAGCAGAGCGCAACGCCCGAGAGAGCGGCAUGCAGGCGGCCCACGGCGGACUGCCGCCUCCCCCCUCGCACUAUCAGGGCGGCUACGACUAUCAUCCAGACGGCGAACGAGGCUCGCGAGCCGCCUUCAACCCCCUGGGCAUGCCGACGGCCGCCGCCGCCAGCUCGCGCUCGCCCUCCCGCAGCACGCGCGAUCCCUAUGCCGACGACUACUACCCGGCCAUGUAUGCGGCCAACUCGCGGAACAGCAACCCGAUGCUGGGCAUGGUCAACCCUAACGAGAUUGUGGAUGACGGCGACGACGGGCUGGACUAUUCGCGACGCAGCCAGCGCAACUCGAUGCUGAGCGCCUCCAACUCGGACCGAGCAGCCAAGGGAGCUGCUGCCGUGGCGGCCGUGGCGGUGGGAGGAGUGGGAGCUGCUGGCGCCAUCAAGAGCGCCCUGGGACGCAGUGGUGGAGGAGGCAUAUUCUUUGACAACGGUAGCACCGAGGAAAAGUCGGCCUGGAUGGCCCAGCAAACGUCCAAGAGCAAGAAGUGGCGCUGGAUCAUCUCCAUCCUCCUCGUCGUCAUCAUCGUCGGCGCUGUUGUUGGCGGCGUUGUCGGCAGCCGAGUCGCCAACAGCCACGGCAGCAAGUCUAGCAGCGGCAGCGGCGGUUCCAAGGGCGGUAGCGGCAGUGGAAGCGGCGGAGGCAGCGGAAGCGGAAACUCGGACGACGACGAGGGCGACCUCGACAUCAACAGCCAGGAAAUCAAAGACCUGCUCAACAACCCGGACCUGCACAAGGUCUUCCCCGGCGUCGACUACACCCCCCUCAACACGCAGUAUCCCGACUGCCUGGACAACCCCCCUUCUCAGAACAACAUCACCCGCGACGUGGCCGUUCUCAGCCAGCUCACCAACAAGAUCCGCCUCUACGGCACCGACUGCAACCAGACGCAGAUGGUCCUCCACGCCAUCUCGCAGCUCCAGAUGACCAGCGACAUCAAGGUCUGGCUGGGCGUCUGGCAGGACAACAACGCCACGACCAACGCCCGCCAGCUCGAGGAGAUGUGGAACAUCCUCGACCAGUACGGCGACGAUCCCUUCGAGGGCAUUAUUGUUGCCAACGAGGUGCUCUUCCGCCAGCAGUUCACCGUCGCCAGCCUGGGCGAGCUGCUCGACGACGUGCGCACCAACCUCACCAAGAAGAAGCUCAGCCUCCCCGUCGCUACGUCCGACCUGGGAGACGACUGGACGCAGGCUCUUGCCGACGACAGCGACUACAUCAUGGCCAACGUGCACCCCUUUUUUAGCGGAACAAAGGCAAGCGAGGCGGCCGCCUGGACGUACAGCUUCUGGAGCGAGCACGACGGCCCCUUUUGGAAGAAGGACAAGUCCAAGAACAUCAUCUCCGAGACGGGCUGGCCGACGGGGGGCGGCAAAGACUGCGGAGGCCCGUCGACGUGCCCGGAUCCUGCCGUGGCGGGCAUCGACGAGCUCAACACCUUUAUGAACGACUGGGUGUGCCAGGCGCUGGAGAACGGCACCAACUACUUUUGGUUCGAGGCCUUUGACGAGCCGUGGAAGGUCAUAUACAACACCAAGGGCAAGGAGUGGGAGGACAAAUGGGGCCUGAUGGACGCCAACCGGAAGCUCAAGGACGGAGUCAAGAUUCCCGACUGCGGCGGCAAGACUGUUUCUUGA